AUGGUUUCCAUUCUUACAGUCGUGGAAUUCCGUUAUUUCGGGAUUUUUCCGUUCGUCGUGCUUGAAUCUCGGUUUCAGCUCAAAUUCAUCUUGCUCAUACUUAAAAUUUCUGUUUUCAGGUUGAGCAGUGUACAUAAUGGCUUCUGUCCCAACCCACCAAAGCGAAAAAGAGAAGAAGAAUGAUGAGCUGUCCACGGCCAUCCUGAAGGAUAAGGCAAAGCCGAACCGUCUCAUCGUUGAUCAAUCGGAACAAGACGACAACUCGGUCGUGUCUGUCUCGCAGGCGAAGAUGGACGAACUCGGACUCUUCCGAGGAGACGCCGUCAUCCUCAAGGUGAGUAUUGUUCUCUGGUGAUCCUUUGUUUUUUCUGCACAAUUUAAGAACUUGUAAUGUCCGCAAAUUGAGCUCUUUGAGGAUAAACGUUCUGUUUAGCCUAGAAUUUCUCAAACUUGCGAAUGGUUUUGCGAGUGUCAUAGUUGUGCAAGAUAAUUCUGUAACACGUCAUCAUAACUGGAUUUCGAAAUUCUAACGCCACGCUAAGGCCCAGAUCUUGAGUAGACUGAUGAUUGCUGCACAAUUGAACAAAACGUUCAAUCUAAUUAUUUCUGUUACAGGGAAAGAAGCGGAAGGAGUCUGUGGCCAUCAUCGUCUCUGACGAAGCUUGCCCGAACGAGAAGGUUCGCAUGAACCGUGUCGUUCGCAACAACCUCCGCAUCCGCCUCGGAGAUGUUGUGAGCAUCACCCCAGCUCCGAAUCUCAGCUACGGAUCCCGAAUUCAUGUUCUUCCGAUCGAUGACACUAUCGAAGGACUCACCGGAAACUUGUUCGACGUGUUCCUGAAGCCAUACUUCUUGGAGGCUUAUCGUCCAUUGCACAAGGGUGACAUAUUCACCGUGCAAGCUGCCAUGCGCACUGUCGAAUUCAAGGUGGUCGAAACUGAGCCGUCGCCAGCUUGCAUCGUUUCUCCGGACACGAUGAUUCACUACGAAGGAGACCCAAUCAAGAGAGAAGAGGAAGAAGAGAGCAUGAAUGAUAUCGGUUACGACGACUUGGGAGGAGUUCGCAAACAGCUCGCCCAGAUCAAAGAAAUGGUUGAGCUGCCACUCCGUCACCCGCAGCUUUUCAAGGCUAUCGGAAUCAAGCCGCCACGAGGAAUUCUUCUCUUCGGACCACCAGGAACCGGAAAGACCCUCAUCGCUCGUGCUGUUGCUAAUGAAACCGGAUCAUUCUUCUUCUUGAUCAAUGGACCAGAAGUCAUGUCCAAAAUGUCCGGAGAAUCCGAGUCAAACCUUCGCAAGGCAUUCGAGGAGUGUGAGAAGAACCAGCCAGCCAUUCUCUUCAUUGAUGAAAUUGACGCCAUCGCGCCGAAGCGUGAGAAGACCAAUGGAGAGGUUGAACGCAGAAUUGUUUCGCAGCUGCUCACAUUGAUGGACGGAGUGAAGGUACUUUACAAUUUCAAGAGUUUUUUUUUUAAACUUGUUUUUCAGGGACGUUCCAAUCUCGUCGUCAUUGCUGCAACCAACCGCCCGAACUCGAUCGACGGCGCUCUUCGUCGCUUCGGAAGAUUCGAUCGUGAGAUCGACAUUGGAAUUCCGGAUGCCGUUGGACGUCUCGAGAUUCUCCGCAUUCACACCAAGAACAUGAAGCUGGCUGACGAUGUCGAUCUCGAGCAGAUCGCUAACGAAUGCCACGGAUUCGUCGGAGCUGACUUGGCUUCACUGUGCUCAGAGGCUGCACUUCAGCAAAUUCGCGAGAAGAUGGAGCUCAUCGAUCUCGAGGACGACCAGAUCGACGCUGAAGUCCUCAACUCUCUUGCCGUCACCAUGGAAAACUUCCGUUUCGCUCAAGGAAAGUCAUCGCCAUCGGCUCUCCGCGAAGCUGUCGUUGAGACCCCGAACACUACCUGGGCCGACAUCGGAGGACUUCAAAACGUCAAGCGCGAGCUUCAGGAACUUGUCCAGUAUCCAGUGGAGCACCCAGAAAAGUAUUUGAAGUUCGGAAUGCAGCCGUCGCGUGGAGUUCUCUUCUACGGACCACCUGGAUGCGGAAAGACGCUUUUGGCUAAAGCUAUCGCAAAUGAAUGCCAGGCUAACUUCAUCUCGAUCAAGGGACCGGAAUUGUUGACCAUGUGGUUCGGAGAGUCGGAAGCCAAUGUCCGUGAUGUGUUCGACAAGGCUCGUGCCGCUGCUCCCUGUGUUCUCUUCUUCGACGAGUUGGAUUCCAUCGCCAAGUCGAGAGGUGGAUCGGGCGGUGAUGCUGGAGGUGCCUCCGACCGUGUCAUCAACCAAGUUCUCACUGAAAUGGACGGAAUGAAUGCGAAGAAAAACGUCUUCAUCAUUGGAGCCACCAACAGACCGGAUAUCAUCGAUCCAGCUGUUCUGCGUCCAGGACGUCUCGAUCAGCUCAUCUACAUUCCUCUGCCGGACGAGGCUUCCCGUCACCAGAUCUUGAAGGCGUCGCUCCGCAAAACUCCACUCGCCAAGGACUUGGAUUUGACUUUCUUGGCCAAGAACACCGUCGGAUUCUCCGGAGCCGAUUUGACCGAGAUUUGCCAACGGUAGGUGAAAUAGAGUUGCGAGCGCUUUGAGGUUUUCACAGCGCAACUUAAGAACUUGUGAGGUCUACAUUUUCUUUUCUUCUGCUCGAUAACGUUCUGUAAUUUAGUUGAAGAGGAGCAAAGUGUUAAUGGCCACACGAGUGUCAUAUUUGCGCAAGAUAGUAAAGUCGUUUCAGUUUUCACAUUUGAAACUACUAACGCCACGCGAAGGCGCUGAAGUUGCGAAGUUCUGUUGAUUAACGAUUACAUUUUCAGUGCUUGCAAGUUGGCUAUUCGUGAAUCCAUCGAAAAGGAGAUUCGUAUCGAGAAGGACCGUCAGGACCGCAGAGCUCGUGGAGAGGAGCUCAUGGAAGACGAAUCGUCGGACCCAGUGCCAGAGAUAACUCGUGCCCACUUCGAAGAGGCUAUGAAGUUUGCCAGACGUUCGGUGACGGACAAUGACAUUAGAAAGUGAGCUCACUUUCAACCGAACAUCACUUUUUAAUUUGUUAUUUUCAGAUACGAGAUGUUCGCCCAGACUCUUCAGCAAUCGCGUGGAUUCGGUAACAAUUUCAAGUUCCCGGGAGAGCAGCGAGGAAGCGACGCUCCAUCUGCUCCAGUCCCAGCUCAGGACGACGAUGACCUCUACAACUAA